GUUUGGAAGGUAAGAACAAUGAAACUGCUGGUGUAAAAAGGCCAUGAUAUUUUAGCCCAUAUGUGAGGCCCAUUCAAAGGUACCUUCCUUAACCCACUCACCCACCGCUCUCUCUCACCACCCCCCAUAAAUUUCUCCCCUGCCUGCUUUGUCUUUCUAGGAAAUCCCCUUUCAUCUCACAAUCUCUCUCAGAUCACCAUCGAUGGCGUUGGAAUGGGUAGUUCUCGGUUACGCCGCUGGCGCAGAAGCCAUCAUGCUCCUCUUCCUCACCCUCCCGGGCCUUGACCCGAUACGAAAGGGCCUAAUCACCGUGACCCGCAGUCUCCUCAAACCCUUCCUCUCCGUCGUUCCCUUCUGCCUCUUCCUGCUAAUGGAUAUCUACUGGAAGUACGAGAACCGACCCACCUGUGAGUCAGAUUCGUGCUCCCCAACGGAGCACCUCCGCCACCAGAAAUCGAUCAUGAAAUCGCAGCGCAACGCCCUCCUGAUCGCGUCCGCCCUCAUCUUCUACUGGCUGCUUUACUCCGUCACGGGGCUCGUUGUCAAGAUGGAUCAGCUCAAUAAGCGGAUCGAGAAGCUCAAGGCGCAGGAUUGAUUUGGAGAUGAAGGAAAUCGCGCAUAGUUAUUUUAUAUGUUGGUAUUUUGAAUAUCUUUUUCGGGAUAUUUUAGUGCGUAAUUGAGUUUUGUGCGUCGUAAUUGUUAGGGUCUGUGUUUUUAUUUGGCUGUUGCUGUAUGCUACAUUUAUGUGUUUGAUCUCAGUUGCACGUAUAAUUCCUAGUUAAUAUUAACGGCUUUAGAUUUGAUGUU